CUGACCGCUACAAAGUGAAACGUAAUGGGUCCACAAAGUGGUCCACUUGGGUGGCCAGUUUUGUUCCUGGCUUGUAUGGGAAUCGUUCAGUGGACUCAAGGUUCCUUUGUCAAGACCAACCGUGGAUUGAGAGUGAAGAGAGGCCAGUCAGCUUUUCUACUGGAGGGGGACCUGGAGUUCCACAUUCCCCGGGAGAAAGACGCCUGCAAGGUGGAGGUGGUGUUAAAUGAACCCAUUACACAGCGUGUCGGCAAGCUGUCCCCUCAGGUUUUUGACUGCCAUUAUCUGGCUGAUGAAGUGAAAUACGUUCACAAUGGCUGUCCGAUUUUAAAAGCAGACACCGUUAAACUUCGAUUAUACAGAUUCACAGAGACAGAAACUUACACAGAGGUGUUUUCUCUGCAUAUUGAGAUAAUGGAACCUGAUUGUAAUGUAAUCAAACUUGGACCCAAGACCCUAGAGGUGCCAGAAUUUUAUGGCCUUUCCAAUGUGCUGGAUGGUAAUGUGGUAUCUUUCCACUAUGAGCACCGGCCUAACAUUGAGUGUACCAUUCGGGUAACAACGCUUGAAACCCAUCUACCCACACAUGGUCAGCUGGUCACUGGGGAGCCAGAUUCACCACAGGGGCCAAGAGGAGAUGAACCAGAGAGCUUUGUCCCUCUUCGACAGCAACUAGAUAACAAGGCAAGGGCCAUGUGUAGAAGUGAGGACUGCUUGCAGGGACUGAAGCUGGUUAAACCCACCAAAGUGCCCUGUGAUGACUUUCUGAUGAUGGGCAUUCGAUACCAGCAUAUUGACCCCCCCUCUCCGGAUGUUGACUAUAUCGCCAUCAGACUUGACCUGACAGAUACUCGCAGCAGGAGCAUUUUCCAGUCAGAACAAGCCUGGAUUCCUGUGCAUAUCAAAGGCGCUGUGCAUAACCAGCCACCGAAGCCUGCCUUUAUGUCGAUGUUCAUCUUGGAGGUGGACCAGUUCAUUCUGACGCCGCUCUCCACCGCUACUCUGGAUGCAGAAGAUGCCGAGACCCCUAAGCAGAGGCUGGUGUUCAACAUCACCAAGCCGCCAAGUGAGGGUUUUAUCACCCAUCUUUCUGACCAUACUAAACCAAUCUCUUCCUUCACCUGGGUGGACCUCAACGAUAUGCUGAUUGGCUACCAGCCUCCCAACUCUAGCCAUACACAACGCAGGAACUAUGAGAUUGAAUUUGAAGUUCAUGAUUUCUACUUUGAGAAGAGCCAACCUGUGAUGAUACACGUGUCCAUCAGAACAGCAGACACCAAUGCUCCCAGAGUAUCUUGGAACAUGGGUCUCAGUCUUCUGGAAGGCCAGUCUCGUCCAGUCACCUGGGAUAAUUUACAGAUCGUUGACAAUGAUAACCUGAAGGUGGUUCGCAUCAUCACUGUAGAUGGCCUGCAGCAUGGAAGACUUACUGUCCGAGGAGGGAAAGGCUUCAUGUUCACUGUCAGUGAUAUAAAGGAUGGUGUGGUGCGUUAUCACCACGACGACAGUGAUACUACCAAAGAUUUUGUGGUCUUCCGUAUCACAGAUGGUCUCCACCAGACCAGACAUAAAUUUCCCAUCAACAUACUUCCCAAGGAUGACAGUCCACCAUUCCUCAUCACCAACAUGGUUCUAGAGUUAUCUGAAGGUCAAACCGCACUCCUGAGAGGCUCCAUACUACAAGCCUCAGACAUGGACUCCAGUGAUGAUUACAUCAUGUUCAACAUAACUCGGCCACCUCAGGCAGGGGAGAUCAUGAAGAUGCCUGGCCCAGGGAUUACAGGCUACCCUGUCACUCGGUUUCUUCAGAAGGACCUCUUCCAUUCAGUCAUCUAUUACAGGCAUCUAGGGCAUGAGGUGUUUGAUGACUCCUUUGAGGUGGUCUUGUCUGAUUUUCAUGACCCACCUAAUCUAUCAGAUCCUCAAGUUAUUGUGGUUCAAAUACACCCAGUUCCAGAUCAGCCUCCAAAGGAGGUGCCAGGGACAACACGACAUCUGGUUGUGAAGGAGACAGAUGUGAUCUACUUGACAAAGCAGCAGCUGCAUUUUGUCGACCUGGAGUCACCUGAGUGUGAGCUGACAUACACUGUGACCACUCCACCUUUCUAUAGCACCACCUACGGAGGGUCUGAUGCAGGGAGACUAUUUUUGGUGGACAGUAUCCCAAAAUUCACCAAAGACCCUGACGCACCAGUGCUGAGACUUUUCACACAGCAUGCAGUCAACUACAUGAAAGUAGCCUAUAUGCCUCCAAUUUUGGAUAUUGGACCAUAUCCCCAGCACAUCCAAUUUGUGCUGUCCGUAACCAACCAACAAGGAAGUACUGCCACUGGGAUCUGUUUUAACAUCACAGUGUUACCUGUGGACAACCUGGCCCCGGAGGUACACGUAAACCAGUUAAUGGUGGAUGAAGGUGGAGAGUGCUGGGUGACCUUGGAUCACCUGCGUCUGACGGACCGUGACUCUCUGGAGGGUUCCUUGUGUGUAGAGCUGAAGAGAAGGCCCCAGCAUGGGGAGAUCUACCUGGACAGCAUUCCCUUGAAUCCUGGCCAGACUUUCACCGUGAGGGACCUGAAAAGCCUAAAAGUUCGAUAUCAUCAUGACAGCUCUGAAACAGAGCAAGAUGACAUUGAAUUCAUUGCCACAGAUGGAAUUAAUAAGGCUGACUUUGUUUUGCAUGUGAAGGUGACUCUCGUGAAUGAUGAGGUACCAGUUUUGAUGCCAGGGUUAAAGCCUAUGCUGGACUGUGCUGAGGGACAGGAAGUAGUCAUCACUAUCGAGUACAUCUGUGCCACAGAUGCGGACAGCGAUGAUAGCAGACUGUCCUACAUGAUUGCCCGGCAGCCGUACUAUGGCGUAGUCCAAAGGAAUGGUGUUGUGGUGGAUCGAUUCACCCAAGCAGAUAUAAUGGCUGGGAUCAUCACUUACAAACACACAGGACAGGAGAUUGGACUGAUCCCUCGGUAUGACACCAUCACAUUUGUGAUAUCUGAUGGAGAAACAGAGCCUAUAUCCUCUUGCUGUUACAACAAGGGGCCCAAUAGGAACACCCCACGUCUCCAUGAUAAUCUACCAGUCUAUGAUCUCAACGUGACAGUUUAUCCUGUCGACAGUCAGCCACCCUCUAUUGCCAUCGGAGAGGUGUUUGCUGUGGAUGAAGGGGGUACAGCUGCCAUCACUGUGACCCAUGUCAGAGUCUCAGAUGUGGACACCCCUAUGGAGGAUCUAACCCUUGUCCUGGUGACCCCACCACAGCUUGGGUACAUUGAGAACAUCCUGCCCAGCCCUGGGUUUGAGAAGAGUAACAUGGGCAUCAGCAUUGCCUCUUUCUCCUAUAGGGAUGUGUUAAAUGGACACGUUAAUUACGUGCAGUCACGUCAUCAGAGGUUAGAACCUACCACAGAUCAGUUCAUGCUGUGUGUGUCAGACGGGAAGCAUCAGUCUCCUGAAAUUCCCUUCUAUAUCAUCAUCAAUCCGACCAAUGAUGAAGCUCCUGAUUUCCUUGCCAGGAAUUUUACAGUCCGAGAGGGAGACGUGAAAGAACUGGGUCCCUCAGUCAUUGAUGCUGUAGACUUAGACAUUCCCAAAGAUCGUUUGAUGUUCACCGUGAUCCAGAAGCCUCAGCAUGGCGCCAUCAUGGGGAGUCUCCAUGGCAACGAUGUAUCACAAUACAAGAGGCACAAUCAGAAGCGAGGGACAGACGUUGCAGUGCAGGACUUUACUAUGGAUGACCUCAGGAAUGGUAUGACUCUGAUGUACAUGCAUGAUGACUCGGAGAGUACCCAGGACAGCUUCACCCUCUUACUGACUGAUGGCAAGCAUCAGCUUCAGAGACAAGUCCAAGUCAAAGUGAUUCCUGUUAAUGACGAAGAGCCGUGCAUCAUCAGGAACACUGGGAUUGAAGUGGAGGCUGGAGAAACAAGAGUGAUCUCUAGCGCUGUCCUCAGUGCCUACGACAAUGACACACCUGCAAGUGACGUUAUCUAUGUCUUUGAGAGUGUUCCAAGUCAUGGACUGCUCCAGAUUAAGCUGUGGUUUCGACUGGUGCUUUCUCAGGUAGGCCUAGACUGGUUUCCUGUGUCUGCUGGGAUGAACUGUUCCCAGGAGGCAGUGGACAUGAACCUGCUACGAUAUCUUCACACGACCAGGCCAGGAGCGCACACACAGGACUUCUUUGUCUUUCAUCUGCUGGACGGGAAGAACCAAUCUCCGGCUCAACACUUUCACAUCUCCCUCAAAGACCUUGAGAAAGGAGACAUUGCUUUGUUUGUGAAGCCUGUGAGAGCUAGCCGUGGGGAGCGUGUUGUGUUGACCACUGAUGUCCUUCUUGCUGUGGAUGGUACUGACAAGCCAGAGGAGCUCCUUUACAUCAUCACGAUGCCUCCAGCACACGGCCACAUAGAGUACGUCACACACACCGGCGUGGCCAUAGACUCUUUCAGCCAAAUGGACGUGGCAGCGAACCUAGUGUGUUACGUCCAUGACAACAGAGCAACCUCUCCCAAAGAGACACUGAGAUUUGUCAUCAGCAAUGGUAAAUCAACCCGCAAUGGCAGUUUGGAGAUCAUCAUCGAGAUGACAGACAGAGUUUUACCGACGUUAGUGCGGAACACUGGCCUUCAAGUACCCCAGGGUUCCACCAUGUCUCUCACCCCUAAUGUCUUGUGCCUGUCUGACCCUGACACCCCUGCCAAUGCCCUUUUCUUUAGGGUGUUCAAACCUCCCCAGUACGGCCAGUUAUUGUUAAAGGGGGUGCCACUGGUUGCUGGUAGCAACUUCACCCAACAGCACUUGCAGGACCUGGACGUCGCUUACCGACAUUCUGGUGGGGGGUCACAAAUCGAUCGCUUCAUGUUUACUGCUGUGGACACUACUGAGAGAGGCUUUCUGAUGGAGGGGCAAAUGCAGACAGAGCCAAUGUUUUUCACUCUGCAGAUUGAAUUGCUGGACACCUCAGCUCCUCAGGUAGUGACUCUGCAAACGUUGUGGAAAGCGGAGCUCCUUAAGGAUGGACGUUACGGGAUCUUCAUUUCGUCCAGAGAGCUGAAGGCUCAAGACGCCCACUCUGUCACCGAUGAGCUCAUCUUCCACAUUCUCAGAGCACCCUACUUUGGCUACCUGGAAAAUGCCACCUCAGGUGCAUUUGUGCAUCAGCGUUUCUCUCAGAGGGACCUUAGCAGAAGAAAUAUUCUUUACAUUAUUAACCCCGCCCCAGAGACUUUGAGUGACAGCCUGGAGUUUGCAGUCUCGGAUCUGCUUGGCAACACUGGACCCUCCCACAAGCUGGAGUUCAGCUGGGCCGGUGUUGAGCUGGAAAAGACUGAACACAGUGUGUGUGAAAGUCAGGGGGUUCUCUCACUAACCAUACUGAGAAAGGGCUACCUGCAAGAGUCAUCAUAUGUCACUGUCAAGGUGAAUGAGAUAACAGCUUCAGCUGGAAAAGACUUCAUUCCUGGGACGUCCACUUUAAUCCAGUUUGACCCUGGAGCGGCCAGAAGAAGUUGGAAGGUGGAUAUUGUCCCUGAUUCUUUGGAGGAGGCUGAGGAGAAGUUUGAGGUCACUCUGGUCUCCCCAGAAAGCGCAGUGUUACGGGGCAACACCAAAGCCAUCGUUAGAAUAGUAGAUUCCCAAACAGGGAAGUGUGGUGAAAGUCAGGCCUCUGAAGGGGGUAGUUUGGGGGGCAAACCAGUGCAGCCAGGGCCCUACCCGAAACAUGGAGCCAUCCAGGUGGAAAUGUUACCGCUGGCCCAGUUUGAUGGCACUGGUCUCACCAGAGGGGAUGGGAUGCCUGUGGUGAUUCCCUCAGCCUCCAAAAAGAGACUGACAGUCACUGGCAAUGGGAAAAAUAUUAAACCCUCUUCAGUUGUUCGUAGUGGAUCUGAAACCGUGUAUACCUAUAAUGGCAUCAUGUCUAUGGCCGUCGAGGAUGACUCCGCGUCAUCCAGGGUAGGCAGAAAAGCUAAAGUGCAGGUCACCAGCAGGGGGCAGCAGCGGUCUUCUUCAGCAAAACUGGAACGUUUGCCAACAGGACAAUCCACAAAAACACAACGAGACCCAGCAACACAGGGCCAAUCCAUCAGACCUGUCUCCAAACCCUGCACCCCGGAGCUGAAUGGUUUCCUCCACUUCAACGAGAGCACAGGCCAGCUCUCACGCUGUAACGGCGUCUCCUGGAAACCCUGGGCCCCCUGGGCCCCCAGCGAGGAGGCAGUAAAUGCUCAGAGAUGCCCAGGGGGUUGGACUUAUCGUGGGGGUAACUGUUAUUUACUGAGUGCAGAGAAGAAAGUCACAUGGAGCAUUGCAGCCAGGGUGUGCAGAGAGAGCUUCAAUGGGAAUCUCGUCAGUGUUUUGUCCAAAGGGGACAUGGACUGGCUUUGGGACUUCAGUGGAAGAAAACCUUUCUGGAUUGGUUUGAAUGAUCGUGAGAGCAAAGGCCGCUGGGAGUGGGUGGGCGGGGAACCCGUCACGUACACUAACUGGAGACGCAGUCCACCGCGCACGCGGAAGAAGGGGAUGAAAAAGUGCGUGCUCGUCUGGAAGAAGACAAAGUGGCAAAUCAGAGACUGUAAAAAGGGCAAAGGACAUCAUUACGUUUGUUACAAAAAAACAUGAACUUUGAAGAGACGUGUCAAGAGUCGCCAUUCAUAAC